CAGUGGGUGUAGCUGGGAGAAAGCACGCACUCAUGCGGUGCGAUCACCGAUAAUGAACGCGUGUCGAUACCCGGUCGACAAUAUCUCAUCGGCGUCAAGCGUAGGCCGCCGCCCACUCGAGUGCGCGCGCGCCUCUCUGACUAAUACCACCUACGUCCCGCGGAGCAGCUACCGAGCUACAGCAUGCGCCAUGGCGCCACAACACACACCAACAACAACACACGUCACACAUCAACACACGACACCAUUGCGGAACCUUCUCCCUCGAUGCCACCUCAUUACCCAAGCUCUCUCAUUUAGGGCGCUGCGGCUCGCGACUCUAUUGAGGCAGUUAGAAUCUAUAAAUGGCGUCGCGGCGUGCGCCCGCGCCGCCGAUUGUUUACGGCGCGCACGCGCGGCGCGGCGCGUGUCCCCCCGCGCUCCCCGCCCCGGCGGCAGCUGCUCCGCACAGGUGGCGCGUGUGGGAACUCGACGGCUCCGUGCGUUCCCACGAUCGCGCGCCCUCCGCUCCCUAUAUAAGCCCCCGCCAGGCGGACGUACCGCAUUCCGCGUUCGACGCUCAACGCAAACGCACACCUCCACUCGCUACACACAAAUGUCUAACAUGUCUUACGAGAUCGCGUAUUCGCUCGCAGACGACGGCCCGCAGCCAGUCUCGCGUACUUAUCAAUAUCGCAAAGUGAUGAAGCCGAUGCUUGAGCGCAAAAGGCGCGCUCGCAUCAACCACUGCCUCGACGAACUCAAGGAGUUGAUGGUCAGCACUCUUCAGUCUGAAGGAGAAAAUGUUGCAAAAUUGGAGAAAGCUGAUAUUUUGGAAUUGACUGUUCGCCAUCUUCACAAACUUCGCCGUCAGCGCCGCCUAUCGCUGAAUCCCACUGUGGAUGCUGAUCGUUUCCGUGCUGGAUUCACUCAUGCUGCCAACGAAGUGUCUCGCUGCUUGGCUUCAAUUCCUGGUGUGGAUGUGAGGCUAGGAACUCAGCUCAUGACCCACCUGGGACACCGCCUGAACGACAUGCAGCGCGCUGCUGCCGCGGCUGAUACUCCUCCGGCGAGCCCGCCCAGCCCUACUCCAUCCAGCGCCAGCUCGACCUCUGGUUACGUCAGCCCAUCACCACCUGCAUCGCCAGUACACAUGCACACCGCCACCCCCCUGGACUGCACCACCAGCUCGUUCACCAAGAGCCCCGCAGUGUGGCGGCCCUGGUAA